GGCGCCCCGCCGGGCGCCGAGCCGGCGCAGCCGGCGCCCCUGGCCGCCCGGCCCGCCCCGGGCCCCCUGGCGCCCGGCGUGCCUGCUGCUGUGGGGCCGGGAGGCGCCAGCGCGGCCGCCCUUGCGGCAUCUUGCGGUGUGGCGGCGGCCGCCGCCCUGGGCAGCCUCGUGCAGGCCCGCCGCAGGCCCUGGCCGCGCAGACUGGGCGCGCUGGCCCGCCGCGCCGCGCGGGCGGGGGCCUCCGAGGCCGUCCCGCUGGCGCGCCGCUCGCUGGUCCUCGGGACCGCGGGCGCGGCGGGGGCCGCCGCCACCGCCGUGCCCCUGCCAGCGGCGGCCGCGGAGGCCACGCCGACGGUGGCCCGGGAGGCGGGGGGUGGCAUCUACAUUUUCGACCAGGCCUACGGCAUUCCCGGCCUGUACCUCGGGGCCAACAUCCCGAUCCGCAUGACGGUGAUGCCGCUGGAAGGGGGCGGCUACCUGGUCUAUAACCCCUGCAACCCCACGCCCGAGUGCCUGCAGCAGCUCGCCGCCUUCGGAGUCAAAGACAUAAGAUACAUUGUCUUGGGCACCAUCGCGAUCGAGCACAAGUUUUACGGACCGAGGUGGGCGAGCCUCUUCCCUCAGGCAGAGGUGUGGAUCAGCCCGAGGACGUUCAGCUACCCCGUUGACUUCGGCGGCUACAUUCCAUUCGUCGGCUUCCCGCCUGGCAAGCAGCUUAACAAAAUCCCGAAGGACUCUUCGCAGGCGCCGUGGUACUCCCAGGGCGUGGAUCACAUCCAGCUGACCGUGGACUACGCCCCGCGGACCGUGUUCGAGGAGACCGUCAUGUACCACAAAGCAUCUGGCACUUUUGUCUGCACCGACAUGAUUAUGGGGCUCUCGGACGAGCCGCCUGAGAUCUUGACGCGGUCUCCGUACAAGGAAGGCCUGCUGUGGUUCGCGCGCAACGACGCCACGCAGCGGGUGGACCCUGCGAGCCCCGAAGUCCUCCGCGACGGCUACCAGAAGUCCACGCUGCUGCUGAACAACAUCAACCCGCGCUCGCUGUUGUCCGUGGCGGCGGGGGACCUCACGGUCGUGGACCAGCUGGGCUUGGCCCUGAAGUCUCCCCAGCCCGAGCUGGGCUACUUCGGGUGGUACCCCUGCAACUGGCAGGACACCGACUCCCCGUGCGCGAAGCUCGAGCAACGCCUGCCGCCCAGCAGAGGCGCCAAGGGCUUCGACUGCCGCCCAGGCUGGAGGGGCGAGUGGGCCCGCCUGAGGGACGGCGUCGUCGGAGGGAUCCAGGUGCCCAGCUUCGUCGCGGAGCUGCAGAUCAGCCGCGACCCCGAGGCGGUGCGGGGCUUCGCGGACGAGAUCGCGCGGCGCUGGCCGGACAUGAAGCAGGCCAUCCCCUCCCACUUCAACGCGCCCCUGCCAGUGACUGCAGCCACUGUCAGGGCAGCGGUCGCCGCAGGCGGCAGCGGCCCGCCGGAGUCUCCGGCUCGUGCUGCAGACCUGAGCAACAUCAUCAACUUCAGGGACUCCCUGGAGGAGAGCAAGCUCAUCUACAGACCCGAGUCCGGGCGCGGGCAGUGGAAGCCGGGCGCCGCGUGAGGCGGCCCUCGUCGGGAUGGCGCCGUCGGCCUGGCGCUUCUCCUCCGACUCUUCUCGCCCGUUUGGUGCGCCUCGCCCUCCGACGAUCGGUCUUUGGAUGCCACUGUCACGUGCUCGUGCUCAUAUGCUCCGCAGACGAUCUCGCGGCCACGCGCCCGCCCGUGCUCGUGCGCCGCAGCCGCGCGAGCCUCGCCCUCGUGCUCCGCGCUCCCUCGGGUGAGCUCGCUCCCGCGUGCCGCCCUGGUGAACUCUCUCCCGCGUGCCCUCUGGAGCUCCGACGUCGGCGGUUCGGCGCCGCGGUUUUUCUGCCCUCGGCCCGCCGCCCGGGCGGCGUGCCACGCGCGCGGCUGCAGCGCCAGCCGCUUUUCGGGGCACCACUUUGCGACAGACUGGGCCCGCGGGUCGCAGCUGCGACGUUUUUGAAUUCCGGCGGCGGAGGAGGA